UUUAUCAUUGACAUUAGACAAUACUUUGCACUCUUUGCAGUACUGUAGUUUAACACCUGUGGCACUGGGGGUGAACCGUAUCGCCAGAAUUGCCAUUAGUCAGUUAUCCUAUUCGUUUGUGUCGUUAUUAUUACAGCUUUUAAGAAUUUUGGCACUGCUAUUGUUUUAAGACCAUAGUAAAUACCGGUUUGAUAAUUAUAUAAAGUUCGAGCACAUGGCUGGUGGUAAGAGUGGCGACCCAGAACCGAAAGGUGUUAAACGUAAAUUGGAAGAACCAUCAAUUACACAAGAAGGAAACAAUUUCUCUUCUGACAACGAUGAAAAUGAGACAGAUAUUCCAAUCACCAAUACUAAGGUACGCUGCAAAUUUUGUAAUAAAACAAAGACAGAAAAAGUGUAUAUACCUUCAGAUGCCGAACCAGAGUGUAUUGUAUUAACAAACGAAAUUUUGGCUAAUAUUUACACCGAUAAUGAUGAUAUAGUGCAACACAACUUAACAAAUUACAGCAUUUAUGAUGAAAAUGGGCACAUGUGCUCAAUAGAUUCAGGAGUAAUGGAGAGAAACGUCAUGAUAUAUAUGACUGGCUAUGUAAAACCAAUUUACGAUAACAAUCCAGGUGUUGAAGAUGGAAUACCUGCUAUGGCGCUGGGACCAAUAUUGGAGUGGUGGUUAUCGUCAUAUGAUGGAGGUACUCAGGCAUUAAUAGGUAUAAACACUGAAUAUGCUGAUUAUUUGUUAAUUGAGCCACACCCCAAGUAUAAAAAAUACAUGACAUCAGUAACUGAAAAAAUACAUUUAAGUAGAGAAGUAAUUAAAAAUAUUUUAAGUAGUGAAGACGAUGAUCCAACUUACGAAGAUAUUUUAAAUUGUGUGAUAAACUCUAUAAACCCAGCAACAGGCAAUAAAUUUACCGAAGAAGAUCUUAUUUCUCAUGCUCAAUUCGUUCUCAAUCAAGUAUUAGAAUAUGAUUUAAACGACACUUAUCAUUUACCUUUAGCAGAAACUCAAUGUAUUGAAACAUUGACCCAACUUUCAGGGGCUGCAAAACCUGUCAAAGGACUGUCCAGGAGAACAGGACAAAGAAGUCAAUACGUGAAAGCUGAUAUUAAUAAACGAGAGUUCAGCAAAGCGACUACUACAGAAUUAGUAAAAGAUGUGUUUGAAAAUAUGUUUGCAGCUCAAUUAGAUAUUGAUGAUAAAGAAAAUGAAGGAAACGUGAAUAAACUUGUAAAAAAUGUGUUUGAUGAUGUUUGCAACACUAAAAUAAAAAAAGAUAUAACCGACGUACAUGUUAAUGUAAAUCAAGUAUUAUGGAGGGACCAAGUACUGAGUGAAAAAAUGUUUAUUGUUGUGAAAAAUAAUGUUUCAACAAUACCAUUAAUUGGACGUAUUGAAUAUUUUUUUAAGACAAAAUUUAAAAAUAAAGCCCAUAUUCAACUUUUUAUGCAUAGUUAUGAAACUGUACUAGGUGAAACAGCAGAUCCUCAAGAAAUAUUUGCUCUGAAAAAUUGUACUAAUAUAGAUAUUAAAAAUGUAGUCAAAAUAAUAGAUGUUGUACAAAAAAUACCUAGCAAAAAUUGGUUUAAACUUGGUAAUUCAAAAUUACAAGAUCUCUUAGAACCUGUUAAUCGCCAAAAUAAAAACUCAUUUUUUUAUCAACUUCAAUAUGAUGAUGAAUUUGGACGAUUCGAGUAUCCAAAAUUUUUAGAACCAAAUACCGUUAUUAGAGAAGGUCAUUGUAGUAAUUGUGAAGAUUUCGCCUUAGAACAAAAAUCAAAAGAACCUGAAUUACAUGAGUUCAUUGAAGAAGAAAAAAACAUUUCAUAUUUUUAUAAAUUUAAAUUAUUUGAUGAAGAGUAUAAAGUUGGUAGUUUUGUAUAUCUACAACCUGAAAUAUUCAAAACGGCUUCAAGAUCAAAUAUGAUUGGCGAAGAACCAUUUGAGCACAUAGAGACAAAUAAAAAUGUAAGUAAUCAAGAACAAAAAGUAAUUGAUGAAACUAAAUACCCAGAAUAUUAUCGUAAGUCAUUGGAAAACACAAUGCGUGGUUCAAAUGAAACCACUCCAGAUCCAUUUGAAAUUGCAGAAAUAUUGGCAAUAUAUUUUGUUAAUUGGGAUAGAAAAAAUAUUAAGCUGAUUGUAAGACGAAUGUACAGAGCUGAACAAAUUCCUCUUAAAGACUAUGCCAAAAAUUCAGAUAUGAAUAUGUUAUUUUGGUCAGAAGAAGAAUUUAGAGUUACGUAUCAAAACAUACGUGGUAAAUGUUAUGUUUCUUUUAUUUCCAAUAUUCAGGAUCCGCUUUUGUGGUCUUCAAGUGGACCAGAUCGAUUUUACUUCACAAAAAAAUAUGAUUUCAUGUUUGGUUCUAUUAUUUCGGAAUAUGAACUUCCAAGUGAAGCUAAACUAACAGGAAAAGAGGUUUAUGUCAAUUAUAAAUAUCAAUAUGUGGAUGAAGAUAAAUUACAGUAUAUACCAUCAUAUAAAAAAAUCAAACCCCUCAGAGGACUUGAUAUAUUUGCUGGCUGUGGCGGUUUGUCUAGAGGCUUAGAAGAUAGUGGUCUUGUUAUAAGUAAUUGGGCCAUUGAAUGUGAUGAUUUAGCUGCAGGAGCAUUUAAAUUAAACAACCCAGAGUCAACUGUGUUUGUUGAAGAUUGUAAUCAUUUAUUGAAAUUAGCAAUGUCUGGGGAAAAAACAAAUAGUAAAAAUCAAAACAUACCACAAAAAGGUGAAGUUGAUUUUAUUUGUGGAGGUCCCCCUUGUCAAGGGUUUAGUGGAAUGAAUAGAUUCAAUUCUGGUCAAUAUUCAUUGUUCAAGAACUCUCUGAUUGUUUCAUUUUUAUCAUAUAUUGAUUUCUAUCGUCCAAAAUAUUUUGUCAUGGAAAAUGUUCGAAAUUUUGCAUCAUUUAAAAGAAGUAUGGUUCUUAAAUUGACACUAAGAUGUAUUACACGUAUGGGCUAUCAAUGUACAUUUGGUAUUCUACAAGCUGGUAACUUUGGUGUACCUCAAACUAGAAGAAGGUUAAUCAUUAUGGCAGCAGCUCCUGGUGAAAUAUUGCCUCUCUAUCCUGAGCCUAUACAUGUUUUUAACAGAAGAAGUUCAAGUUUAACCAUUCAAGUUGGCGAUAAAAAAUUCAAAACUAAUUGCAAAUAUGAAGAGUCAGCUCCCAUGAGAACCGUCACUGUAUAUGAUGCUUGGUCUGAUUUACCCGAAAUACCAAACGGAGCAAAUGAGGAAGAUAUCAUUUAUAAAUCGAAACCUAUUACUCAUUUACAAAAAUUAUUUAGAUAUCCAGAUAACCGAUAUGCAGAAUCUAUAUUGAGUGAUCACAUAUGCAAAGACAUGUCACCUUUGGUUCAAGCUAGAAUGGAAUUGAUACCAGUAGGUGAAGGAAGUGACUGGAGAGAUCUGCCCAAUACCAAAGUAAAAUUACCUGAUGGAAGUUAUACCAAUAAACUUUUAUAUACUCAUCAUGAUAUCAAAAAUGGUUAUGGUCCAAAUGGUGAAUUACGCGGUGUUUGUCAAUGCGCAAGUGGUGAAAAAUGUGAUCCACAAGAUCGUCAAAACAAUACAAUUAUCCCUUGGUGUUUACCACAUACCGGUAAUAGACAUAAUAACUGGGCUGGUUUAUAUGGUCGUUUAGCAUGGUCAGGUUUUUGUUCAACCACUAUUACAAAUCCUGAACCAAUGGGAAAACAAGGCAGAGUACUUCAUCCUGAGCAACACCGUGUGGUCAGUGUUAGAGAGUGUGCUCGUUCUCAAGGUUUUAAAGAUUCUUUCAUAUUUCAUGGACCAAUCAUCAACAAACACAGACAGAUCGGUAAUGCAGUUCCUCCACCCAUGGGUACAGCCAUAGGUCAUGAAAUAAUUAAAGCCAUCGACAAAAAACCUAGAUAUAUUUGCAGUCCGUUUUUAUGAGCUACUUUUAACAGUCUUUUUAGAACACACCUGUUCUAAUAAAAGUUGUAACUCUGCCGUUGUUUCGAUUUCUAAGUGUUUAUUUAAAAGGCGUACAAGAUAUUAAGAUAUAUUAUCAUUUGAUAUGAAAUUUAAUUUUAGUAAUGUUUU